AUGGCGGCAUGUCCCCGUGAGAGUGCAUAUUAUGCUUACUUGGGAGUCACAGCCUUCUCUACCCAGAAGCACCUUAAGGUCAGCAGUCACACCAGUGUGGCACACUCGCUCACGGUAAGCUCCAGGACUCGCGAGGACAACCAACACCCACCUCUACCACCCACAAAGCCAAAACAGCUCUUUGGAGCUCCUCUUGAGGAUGUAUGUGAUAACGACACCCUGCCCACCCCAAUUCUGGAUAUGCUUUCCUUUAUCAACCAAAACGGGCCGUUCACAGAGGGCAUCUUCAGAAAAUCAGGCAAUAUACAAUCACGCAGGGCCCUAAAGGAGAAACUAAACUCUGGGGACAAAGUGAACUUGGAUGAUGAAUCCAUUCUUGUGGUAGCAUCCACCUUAAAGGAUUUUCUUCAAAAUAUUCCAGGAGGCAUAUUUUCAGCCACUCUCUAUGAUAAAUGGCUUGAUGUUAUUGAUCAAGGGAAUGAGGAGGAGAAAAUAACUGCGACCCAGAGGCUUCUAGACCAGCUGCCAAGAGCCAAUGUAGUUUUUUUGCGAUACCUUUUUGGAGUGUUACACAACAUUGAGCAACAUUCCUCAUCCAAUCAGAUGACAGCUUAUACUUUAUCAGUGUGUAUGACCGCAAGCAUUCUUGGUCUGCUUAAUUCUGGCAGCACUGCAUUAGAAAACUUCACCAAGAAGAUUUCUUUCAUACAAUUUCUCAUUGAAAACUGUCUCAAGAUAUUUGGAGAAGAUAUCACGUCUCUCUUUGGACCGAAGUCAGUGAGUUGUGAUAACACUGAUAGCACUGACAUCACUGAUAACAGUGAGAAGGUUGCAGCGUUCAAAUGGUCUUCGGAUGAAUUUGUGAGGGAGAAAGUGGUCUCCCCGGCCUAUUCCUCUGCAAUCGUAGGACCACCCCUGAGACUUGAACUCUCGAGUCUAUCUCCACAGCAAGCUCACUUUCCAUUCUGCUUCAGAGCCAGGCUGCGAAUGGAACUGGACUAA